AUGUUUCGACAGUUGUUCGCCGUAGUGCUGGUGGUUGCGAUCGUGGCGGCAGAUCGGCGAUCACCCCGUGGCGGAGGUGGUGAUGAUGCUACGGCCGAAACGUUGUCCGAAGAUUUCGUGGUCAACCCGGACGGUUCGUACACGUACAACUACGAGACGAGCAACGGGAUCAGUGCGUCGCAGGCCAGCAGCGAUGGCACGAGCGUGAACGGCAACUUUGCCUACACCUCGCCCGAGGGCGAGCGGAUCGAGAUCGUGUACGUGGCGGACGAGAAUGGCUUCCAGCCGCGGGGGGCCCACCUGCCGACGGAGCCACCGGCGCCCGAUCACGUGAUCAAGAUGCUGGAGGAUCUGCUGGCCAGCCCGCCGGACGGUACCGAUAUUCAGUCGCUCGAGGAAACCCUGAACCGGCUGCGCGCAACGCAGGGUUAG